UAUCUUACUUAUGAUGUUUUUCAUUUAUUGAUUCAUUUUUUUUCUAAUUAUAAUAUAGAUUAGAAACAUUAAAAAUUACAGCAUAAUAAUUAGGUUUAUAAUCUAACUCAAGCCAUUUAAUAUUUAAUUUGUAGUUUAUUAUAUAAUGUAUAUUAAUUUUAGUAAUUAGAUGACAUAAUAUUUAGUAUAGAACUAGUAUUUAAAUAUUUUCAUGAAUAUAUUCAUUUACACAGAAGUUUAUAAAAAUUUAUAUGGUAUGCAGUUAGAAAUAAUUGUUGAAUAACUAAAUGGAUUGCAAUAAAUGUUUACCAUUCAUAUUCAUGAUAUGGAUUUUAUUAGUUAAAGGAUCAACACAAUUUAGUAAGUAUAUAAUUUUAUUUCAAAAAUUUAGUUAAUAUAAUAAUAAUAAUAAUAGUAAUAAUUAUAUUUAUUGCAUUUAAGAAAAAUAUAGGUACAACAAGUUAAUAGAAACACAAUGAUUAUUUUUAAUAGCCUAGGCUUGUGGAAAAAACUGCAAUAUAAAAUACCUAAUCCGAUUUCUUAGUAAAGUGAAAAGUUGAUAAUUUUAUUUCUUUUUUAAUUUUCUAUUUGGUUGUUUUGUUGGUACUUUAGUACUUACUUAAAACUACAAAUUAUAAUUUUUUUUGCAGUUUAACAAUUUUACUAGGUAAGAGUUCUGAAAAUAUACAUUCUGGAAAAUCAGGACUACACCGGUUUUCUAUUAAAUACACUGAUGUCCCGGAAAUUAACUAUGUCCCGGUUUUAAGAAAAAAUUUUAAUUGUUUAAUUUCCACAAUUAUUUCAAAUAAUAAUUGUAAUCAUGUCAAUAUUUUAUUGUUAAAAGUACAGGAUACAGUAAUGAUGCCAAAUAUAUAGACUAAACAAUAAUUUAAGUGAAGAUUCAGAUAAACAAUUAACAAACCAACACUUUAUUCAAAAUUAUUUUUUAAUUAAAAAAUUGCUUAUAAAAUGUCAAUAGUGCAAUUUAAAGACGCAAUAGUUAAACAUAUUUUAGUUGAUAUAUUUAAAUUAGAUUUAGAAAAUUCCAUUUUUUUUUUAAUUUGGGGAUGAACACUAGUAAUCAUAAAUCAAAAAAAAUAUAUCCGAUUAUAAUUUAAAAUUGUACAUAGUUAAAUGAUAUGAAAAGUCAUUUGGUGAAAAUGAGUUUCCUUAAAGUCAAAAAUCAGAAACAAUUUCGCAAUACUGUAUUAACACAUUAAAUAAUUUGCAAAUACCUUUAAAAAAAUGAAUUGUAUUUUUAUAACACAUAACUAAUAUGUUUCUAUAAUAUUUUUAAUUUUUUUUUUAUCGCGCUGUCUGUCCCAGAUUUAAUUUUUGAAAUUAUGGUAACCCUAUUCUAGGUAUAAUGAUACAAAUACAAUACAAUUUUUUAAAAAAAUGUAUGGUAAUUAUUAUUAAUAAUGGUAUUUGGUAUAUUAUAUUCAUUAUUUUAUAUUAGGUCCUAAAGGAUAUUGUGCUCAGUAUAAUGGUAACAUAUGUAGAAAAUAUUUAAAUGCUUCAAUUCUUAUAUGGUUUAAUAACACCAUGAAUAAUGAAGGAAGUGAACAAAAUGAAAUUAUAACCACUGGAUUAUGGGAUGAAAUGUUACCAAAUUUUUCAAAAACAUGUAGACCAGCAGCCGAAGUAAUUAUUAGAUUUUGGCCUAAGUACACUUUUUUCAUACCCCUUUCAAAUUUAUUUUUUUUUAGACAUGCUUUCAACAUUGAUUUGGAAAAUUUUAAUUUUUUUUUUUUUUGGAAACUAUGAAGCAAUUUAAGUUUUUAGGAUAUCCACUCAUACAAACAACAUUAUUUUUUGUUUAAAUUUAGGAAGUAAGCAAAUGGAGGUCAUCAAAAGCCUAGUCUCAUGUAAUGAGUGUUAGGUUUAUACUUAGGACACUAUCCUCCUUGAAUCUGUACCAGUUUUAAAAUGAUAGAAUAGAUUAAUUAUCGAUUUAAAGUUUGUCAUUUGUAUGGUUUGGUGGAUCAUGAUGCUCACCGAAAGCCUGGUUCCAUAUUUUGAAAUUUUCAUAUCUUUUGUUCAUAAUAAUAAAUUAUAAAAAAAGAACUUAAAAAUUGAUUAUUCUGUCACUGUUAUAUAUACUAAUAUACCUACAGUCUUUAAAUCAUAUAUAACAAAUAAGUGUUGAAAAAAAGUCUGAAUAUACCAUAAUUUUCAGUAUUAAAUAUCUGAAGUUUUAAAUAUUUUUGAUCAUAACUUCUUUAAUAUUGGUUUCGAAAAAUUCAAAUUUUUUUAAAAUCGGUGUUAAAUAACCAUGUCUUUUCAAACAAAAAUGUUUUAAAUUCAUGAGAGGCAUGGUAAAGUGCAUCUAUUCCUUGAUUUAAACUAUUAUAACUAAUUACAUGAGUAUAUUAUUAUUGUAUUUUUUUUAGAAAUUGUUAUGUUUAUAUGCGUUUCCUCAUUGUCAUCAAGAUACCUAUCUCCCAUUAUGUUAUGAAGACUGCAUUGCUGUGCGAGAAUUAUUUUGUUACAAAGAGUGGGCAUUAAUAGAGCUCAACAAACAAAGAGGAAAUUUGUAUAAGUCUAAAGGCCACUUUUCUUUACCACAUUGUGAGAGCCUACCACAUAACUCACAGUAUGGUAAACUAUCAUGUUCCCACGCAAAGCUUACAGAACUAAAAAGAGAUGAAAUAACUAGUUAGUAUUUUUUAAUUUAUAAUAAUUCUUACAAGUUGAUAAUAGGCCUCAUUGAAUUGGUUUGGCUAGUUCUUGAAAUUUGAUCUAGUAAAAUUUCAAAUUUAUUUGUUAUUAAUUAUUUCAACAUAUAUCUCCAGUGAUAGGAACACUUUUUAAAAAUAAACUCGUUCAAAAUUGUCAAAUUAAAAUAAGGGUAAAUUAUUUACAUUUUUAUUGUUAUUUAUUUUAAUAACUUUGUAUUGAGUUAUAGAAAGUUACUAACAUUUAUGUUAAACAUUAAAAUUUAAGUCCUAUACAGUAAAGGAAAUGUUUAAAUGUUUGGUUUUUUUGUAUGUUAUUAAAAAUUUGGUAGUAGUGCUGUAUUUUUGUAGUAUAGAUCACAUUAGAUAAUAUAAUGUUGGUAGAUAUCAUAUACAUGGUACCAAUAUUAAUACAAUAGUAGAUACAAUUUCUUAUGUCUUUAACAUACAGUACUGCUAGUAAAUAAUAUCCUAAUAACUACUAUUUUAAUAUAUAAAAGGUAGACAGAUGUGAGGGAUCAAUAGGAUAUGAGGAAAUGAAAGGAGAGGGAUGGCAGGGUGUGAAUAAAGUAAGAGUGAAUAGUUGAGUGUUCCAUCCACAUGUGUUUUAACUAGCAACAAAAUUUGAUUUCAGGUUAGAACUGGCUAGUGAUGGGGGGAUACAAAACAUCAAAACAUAACAAAAAAAUCAAUAUAAAAUAUAUAAAUUAUGGCUUUAGAAAUUAAAAUAUCCCUUUAAAAAUCAAAAUAUACUUUAGGCAAUUUGUUAUUUUUCAUCGCAAUGUUUUUAAUUAUAUAUUAACUUUACAUUUAGUGCUGGAAUUAAAAAAACAAAAUAAGAGGGACAAUGAUACAUGCAAAAAUGUAAUUUAUUUCAAUUAUUGAACUUAAUCUAACAUGUGAGGGGAAGAGACAUACAGUACUUUUAAACAUAAUUCAAUAAUUAUUAAUAAAAAAAAAUGUUAUUUUUUUAAUAAAAACAUUAUUAUAUUGUUAAGAGGAUGUUAUACCCACAUCUACUGUCUCAGUCCAACUACCUGGUAACAAACAAAAAUAAUGCUUACACAGAAUAAGUAAAAAUAGCUUAAUUUUGAUUUUAGAUUAAAAGUAUCUAAUAUGAAAUUUAUAAAGAACAGUAUUUUAAAAGGAAUGCCAUAGGGUUUUUAUGUUAUUCAAAAUAUACAGCUCCACAUUAAAGAUAAAAAAAAAUGUUGUUUUAUUUUUUAAAUAACUGUAACUUUUUUAAUAGUUUAUAAUUGAAACUCCUUUCUGGAAGGAAUAUGAAAUUCCUUCCAAAAUAUUGUUCUCUAUAAAUUUCAUAAUAGGUACUUUCACUCUAAAAUCAAAAUUAAGCUGGAUUUAAUUGUUCUGUAUAAGCAUUGGCAUAAUAAUUAUGUGCUCUACCACAAAAUUAGUAUAGUUUUAUUGAAAUUAUAAUUACAAGAAUUUUUUAUUAUACAACUUCUAUUAUAAAAUUGUAUGGGAAUAUUUAUUAUAAUUUUAAGUAUUACACAUUUGUAUUAGUAUAUAUAUAUAUUUGUUUUAUAUUAUUAUUGAUAAUAUAUUUUUAUUAUAACUACAUAUUUAUGAAUGUAUUAUUUUUAAUACCUAUUUUUUUUUUUUUAGUUGAUUGUAUUCGUGGAAAUGGACGGUAUUAUGCAGGUUAUGUAAAUGUAACUAAAUCAGGUCUGCCAUGUCAACGGUGGGAUUCUAAAACACCCCACGAAUUUGUCAGACCUCCAAAUGUAUUCCCAGAAAUACAAAAUUCUGAAAAUUAUUGUCGAAAUGCUGGUGGGGAAGAAUUGUCACCAUGGUGUUACACUAUGGAUCCCAAUGUCAGAUGGCAAAAAUGUGAUAUACCUAUUUGUGGUAUGAUUUAAUUUUGUUAAAUAUUUUACAAGUGAUGUUUUUUUUUUUUUAAAUAAAAAAUAUUUUCUUGGAACUGAAUAAUGCAAUCUAUAACCAACAUUAUUUUUAUUGUUAUUGAUUUAUUUUUAUAUUUAAUUAUAGAUAAAAAUAUUACUGGAAUAACGGAAAACAAAUUUGAUAUUAUUAAUAAUGUUACAUCUAUCAAUACCAUUUCAAAUAUAAUCACCUAUUUUGAAACAUAUAUUGAUCAAACAUCAUCAACUCAUUUGCUUAUAUUUCUUUUGAUUGUUGGAAUUUUAAUAGUUUUAAUAUGUAUAUUAAUAGCAGUGUUAUUUAAUAAAUUUUUGUCCAAAAAAGUUUCCUAUAGAUCUACUGAAACUCAGGUAAUUAGUAAUCAAAUAUAAAUAUAAUUUUAUGAUUUUUUUUAAAAAUAUUUUACUUUUAAUCACAUUGUAGAUAUUUGUAAUUUUUCAAUUCAUUUUUACAGGAAGUUGAUAUUGAUCUGAAUAAGUUGCCAAGUAAUUCUGCAUACCACCAAUAUGGAAUGUGUUCUAAUCCAAAAUUAGAAAAACUUGAAUUUCCCAGAAAUAAUAUUAUAUAUGUUAAAGAUUUAGGGCAAGGGGCAUUUGGGCGAGUUUUUCAGGUGAGAGUGUCAGUGUUAAUAGUAAAAUGAAAGCAAAUAUUAAUUUAUAUAAUUUACAGGCUAAAGCACCCAAUCUGUUGAAAGAAGAAGAAUUUACUAUUGUAGCAGUUAAAAUGUUGAAGGAAGAAGCAUCUAAUGAUCUCCAAGUUGACUUUGAACGAGAAGCUUGCUUAUUAUCAGAAUUUGACCAUCCUAAUAUUGUAAAGUUGUUAGGAGUUUGUGCAUUAGGUAAGCCUAUGUGUUUACUUUUUGAAUUCAUGGGGAGAGGUGAUUUAAAUGAAUUUCUCCGUUCAUGUGCACCUAGUAAUUACAUUGUACAAUCAAGUGAAGUGAAGGGUGACUUUUUUCGUGAUUUAAAUUUGACUAAUUUGGAUAUGUUGAAAAUAGCUCAACAAAUAGCCUCAGGCAUGGUUUACUUAUCUGACAGAAAGUUUGUACAUAGAGAUUUAGCAACAAGAAAUUGUUUAAUUAAUGAUUUGAUGACAGUAAAAAUAGCUGAUUUUGGUCUUUCACAAAAAAUUUAUUUUCAAAAUUAUUAUAAAGGCCAUGAAAGUGAUGCCAUACCAGUUCGGUGGAUGCCAUUAGAAAGUAUUCUAUAUAACAAAUAUACAGUUGAAUCAGAUGUUUGGGCUUAUGGAGUCUGUCUUUGGGAAAUAUUUUCUUUUGCUAUACAACCUUAUUAUGGGAUGACACAUGAAGAAGUUGUAAAAUUUAUAAAAGAUGGGAAUGUUAUGAACUGUCCUGAAAAUACUCCAAAAAUGAUAUAUGAGCUUAUGAAAAAUUGUUGGAAUAGAAAACCAGAUGCACGUCCAUCUUUUCGUACAAUUUAUCAGACUUUAGAAAAUGUUAGACAAGAAGUUUGCCAUAUUAAUGGUUUGUCAUCUCAUGCUCAUUUGUAAUUUUUUACUUUUAAUAUUUCAAUUUCUUAGUAAUUUGAACACUCAAUAAUUUAAUGGUUUUCAUAAGUGUCUACUACAUGGAAUUAUCGAGAUUAAAAUGUAUAACUUUUCUACAAUUUAUAUGUAUUAAAUUAUAAAAAUAAAUAAAAUACAAUUUUAUAGUGUUUUUAUUCAAUAAUUUUUUAAAAAGACUGUUUUCGUUCCUAAUUUUUUUUGCUUAUUAAAAUAAUUUUCACUUUAGAAAAACUCAAAAUUGUAGAUGCUAUUUAAAACAAAUUAUAAUCAUAAGUAUUUACAUAUAAGAAGUUCAAUUUAACUUUUCUUUUUAUAUUCAGUAUAAAAUUUAAAUAUUAAUCCAAAUAGAAAUAGAAUUUGUAAACUUCAUUACAAAUAAUACCUAAAAAGUGUUUAUUAUUUACUUGUUAGUUUUCUAUACUAGUCUG